UUCUGUGAGUCACAAUUCAGAGCCCACUUACGCCUUGGCUUCUGCAACCACUGCGCUCUUCGAGAUCGCCGGAUAAAAUAAAUCCGGCGUUGUAAUAAUUUUCGCGCAAUAAUCAAAGAAACAUGACUGAAGUGAAGAAGGACGAUGUUGUCAAAAUCCUUCAUACUUAUCCUCUUUGUCGAAAGUGUGACAUGAGCGACGAGAUGAAACAGGAAGCAAUGGAAUUGUGCGUGACGGCCGCUGAGAAAUAUGCUGACAAUUACGAAAGCGUGUCGCGUAUGAUUAAGGAGACAAUGGAUAAAAAAUUCGGUGCGUCCUGGCAUACAGUUGUCGGCGAGGGAUAUGGAUUUGAGAUUACGUACCAGCUUAAACAUUUACUUUAUAUGUAUUGCGCUGGAAAUCUUGCCAUUUGCAUAUGGAAAUCUGCGUAGUAUAUAUUUUGGUUGGACAUGAAAAUUUAAUAUAGAAAGUUACUAUUAAUUUAGACACAUAUGACACAUUGGUAGAAGCUAUCUAAGAAGAACGCAUCCAUAAGAUAACAUAGUGAAAUCAUCACCGCGUACAUAUCUAUGGAAUAAUGAAAUAAUUUUCUAUGGAGUAAAAUUUAUUACGAUGCCCGAAUUGACAUAGUUUCUCAGAAAGCAACUUUGCUAUGCACAAGUUCCUGGUAUACAUAUUGUAUAGAUAGUGUCCGAUAAAACAUUUCCGAUAAAGUUUUUCACUUUUAUACACAAGAGUCACCCAUAAUACAGUAUUAUGGAAAAGUUACCUAUUUUGUCACGAUAGAGUACAAUAGGAGAUCUUGUUCAAUAUAUUCUGAUAAGAAUAAUACAAUAAGAGUGAAUUGUUCAAUUUUUAAGAAAACAAAAUAAUGUUUCUUUGAUACACCAUAGUCUCACCUUGUAAAAUCAUUUUCAAUGAUAUCUAAGCGUGAUGUAAUGUGAAUUUAUACAGUUAAGUAUUGUGCAGUAGAAUAUUUAUUAAAUGCAUGUCGUCAUUUACUGUUUAAUAUAUUUAUAAAUUGUA